CUUUGUGCGUAAUGGCCGUGGAGACCUCCAGGAGCCGCUUGAAAACGGGAUGUUUGUGGAUUAUAUUCUGCACCAUGAAGUGAUGGAAAGGUUGACCCGAAAAAGUGUCUAAUCUUUUUUUAAACUGGAUUAAAUUAAUCCAGAUUUAAAUCAUUAAUUAAAGAAGAACGGAGCGUAAAAUGAGUUAAAACCAUGCGCUUUUUGUAUAAAUGGAGAGAUGGCAUGCGUGCUCCUCUUCAGUCGACUUCUCCCAUUCUCUCACCGUCUCAGAGGAACAGUUUGCUUUUUAUCUCUUUUCCUUUGCUACUUGUGCUACUGUGCGCUCUUCUCUGACAGCAUGCCAAAGUCAGCUGAUCCCACAUCCGGCUGUCAGCGGGUGGACGAGGACGAGCGGCGGCAGCACAAAGCCYUCCCCUGCCUCCAGCAUCCUCGGGCUGCCGGGAGGACCAGCUCCCAUGAAGAGUCUCGGCUGAGACCAGACCAGAGACGUCCUCCUCCCGCUCUCCGCGCGGUCAGGAGCGACACCCCGAGUCCUCCCAUGAGCCACCUGAAGUUUGGCAAUAAAAAGUUACCGAACGCCAUUAUAGUUGGGGUGAAAAAGGGAGGAACCAGAGCCGUGCUGGAGUUCAUCCGGAUCCAUCCGGACGUCCGAGCGGCGGGGACAGAAACUCACUUCUUUGACAGGAAUUAUGACCGAGGCUUGGAGUGGUACAGAGGUUUAAUGCCAAGGACCCUUGAAAGCCAAAUCACAAUGGAGAAGACUCCAAGCUACUUUGUGACAAAUGAGACUCCACGCAGGAUUUCUGCCAUGUCCCAGGAUAUGAAGCUCAUUGUGGUGGUGCGUGACCCCGUCACCCGAGCAAUAUCGGACUACACUCAGACUUUAACCAAAACACCCGACCUACCAAGCUUUCAGGAGCUGGCCUUUGAAAACCAGAGCCUAGGCAUGGUUGACAUGUCCUGGAACGCGAUUCGCAUUGGCCUGUAUGCCCUGCACCUUGAGAACUGGCUCCGCUACUUUCCCCUGGCUCAGAUUCACUUUGUCAGCGGCGAGCGUCUCAUCACAGACCCGGCGGGGGAACUGGCCCGGGUGCAGGACUUUCUCGGGUUGAAACGCAUCGUCACAGACAAGCACUUUUAUUUCAAUCGCACCAAGGGCUUUCCUUGCCUUAAAAAGCCAGAGAGCAGCAGCUCGCCUCGCUGCCUGGGCAAGUCGAAGGGCAGAACUCAUGUGCAGAUUGACAGAGAUGCUAUUGAGCAACUGCGGGACUUCUACAGACCUUAUAAUGUCAAGUUCUACGAAAUGGUGGGGCAUGACUUUAAAUGGGAAUAAGUUUUGGACAUAUUUUUACACAGCACAGGGAAGAUGUAYACAUUCUAUGGGGUCAUCAACCCUAUGUACCCAGUACCUAUAUUCCUCAGAUCCCAAUUCCCUCAGUGCAUUUACAGUACAUGUUCCCCCUGGUACUCCCAUCCCUAUGUUCCUCGAAUCCCUGUGUUCCCCAGUACUUAUGUUCACCAUGGUACUCCCAUUCCCAUGUUCCCAGGUACCUAUGUUCCUACUGGUACAUCCAUCCCUAUGUUCCUUAAAUCGCUGUGUUCCCCAUACUUAUGUUCUCCAUGGUAAUCCCAUCCCUAUGUUCCCAGGUACCUAUGUACCCACUGGUAUAUCCAUCCCUAUGUUUCCCAGUAGCUACCCAUGUUCCACCAGUACACCCAUAUCCAUUUUCCCUGGUAUCUACGUUCGCCCAUGUUCAUACCUAAGUACACCUAUCACCAUGUUCCCCGGCAGCAAUGUUUCCAGGUAUUUACAGUAUGUUCCUCCAGUACACCACUAAAUCUACGUAUUUUUCCUGGUAUCUGUGUUCUCUCUACCACACCCACCCCUAUGAUCCCCACUAUCUAUGUUCCCCUUGGUAUACAGUACCCAUCUCUAUGCCCCCCCCCCCCCCCAGUACACCAAUAUCUAUUCCCUGGUCUCUAUGUUUCCAGGUACCUUAGUUCACCCCAAUACACCCAACCCAAUGUUCCCCGGUAUCUUAUGUUCCACAGAUCCUUAUGUUCCACAGUCCAAUGUCUACCUUGUAAUUCAGUAUGUUUUUUUCAUUUGCUUUAAAAGGCAUUUUAAGAAGGAGCCAAGCAUCUUUCAUGACUUUCAUUAUUAACCCCAGGAGAACACAAGUACUGGGAAAUAUAGGCAUGAAUACCAUUCUGUAGAGAAAUGGUUAGCAGUCUCCAGUUAGUCAAAUGAGACACCAAAUGCAGUUCCAUAUAGUUCUAAUAAACAGAAUCAAUGCACUUGUAAUCAUAAUUCACCAGCAUUAAUAUCCUGUUUGUCGCUAGAAAUAAUUUCAUCUUUGGGAUCACAAUUACUUUGUUAGUGUUGCUGUAGAUUAUUGCUGACUUUCUCAUGAAAAAGAGAUUUCAGGGUAUGGGAUURGUUUUUUCCAAAGUCUGUGUAGCCGACUUUAGAAGGAAAUAAUCAAGGCAUGGUUUGAAAGCAAGACCUUGAAAAAUGUCAAAGUAGUCUUUGGGGAGAGAGGAAGCAUUAAGCUGCAGUACUAUGAGUGGAAGUCCAAAAUGUAAGGCCGUACAGCAGCCAGCACCAAGCACCUAGAAUUAAUCAUCAUCCAGUUUUUACAGUUUCUCAUUGCAGUGUGAUUCUAAUGCUGUAUCAUUUAUGUUUUGUUGACCAAAAGCAUUUAUAUUUUUGUUACAAAAGGUAUUUAAUCACUGAAAUAUUUGUCCAAGAAUUUCAUUAAAG